AGACUGCAGUUCUUCAGAAUCUCAUUUAAUAAUGUCUCAAGAACAAAAAGAGAUAGAAAAAGACAGAAGGAGAACACGAUCUGAUCCUAAAGAUCAUCUUUCUCAUCAAAAACAUGAUGCCAGGGUGACUGACAUUCAAAGAACAGAAAGUGGAGGUGGGUCUCUGAAGAUUCUGCCUGGCCAAAGUCAUCAAAACAAAGGAAAGCUAAACACCAAAACUGUUGGCUCUGAAAAGAUGAGAGAUCACCUUGAUUUGAAGAUAGAGUCUAAAGACAUCCAAGAUAAACUCUUCUGUACUGUACAACCGGUAGAUUUCACUAUGUUGCCAGAGGAAGUUAAAUCUCUUGUGCAUGACGGUUAUACAGCCUUGAUGGACCAACGAUGUCACAGUGCUGAACAAGCCUUUUCGCAAUUGUUAAGCAUUCUAAAUCCUUCAGAAUUAAAGCAACUGAAUCUUCGUGUUAUUAAUUAUGUUGUACUCAUCUAUGGACAUGCCACUGCUCUUCUUGGAAUAGGACAGCCUGAGGCAUUGGCAAAGGCUGAAGACCAGUUUAAGAAAAUAAUUGAACAAUACCAGGAAGAAAGAUUUGGUUGUUUGGCAUACUAUGGAAUUGGAAAAGUAUACCUCAGACAAAACAGAUUUUCAGAUGCACUCAAUCAAUUCAUGAAAUCACAAACAAUGGUUAAUCACAAGAUUGUACCUGGAGUAUUAACUUGGCCCACAACAUCUUGGGUCAUUGAAGAGACACGAACAGAGAAUUUACAGUUGAUUUUAAAGAACUGUAUUGAGGAAUGCAAGUUCCCUCCAGAACCAGAUGGAAUUUGUCGAUAUCAGCAAUGUCAUGGCCACUCCAAAAUCCAAAUAUUUUUUACAGACCCAGACUUUAAGGGUUUUAUACGUAUUACUUGCUGUCAGCAAUGUAGAGUGGAAUUUCAUACCAGCUGUUGGAAAAAGCUGAAAACAACAAACUACAGUGAUAAAAAUGAUAAGGAUUUUCUUCAAGAGUUGUGUUUCACUCCUGAUUGUACAGGCCUUAUUUCAAAAAUAGUUAUUUUCAGUUCUUCUGGUCUGGUAAAACGUGCGUUUGAACAAAAGAUAACAAAACCCAAGGAACCACCGAAAGCCAGUAUUAAACAGAAAUGUUCAAGUCUUAGGAAGUUAAAAAUGAAACAAGAAAAAAAAUUACGAAGAAAACGUGCACGAGAAGAGGCGCAGAAUUCUGCUAAAAAGAAAACGGAAGAAAACCAGGUGGUAAACAAACCAUCUCAAUACAGUGAUUACAGCGGUUAUGUUCAGGAUUUAUAUGCUGGUGAUCGAGUCCUGCAGCAUAUCAGUCAAAAUGCUGAACGAAUAAAAACAGCUGUUCAUGAUGCUUCCAGAGUAUUAAAGGAAUUACUUUCAUGGUUUGUAAUCAGUGAGGAGGAUUACGUGUUAUAUUCCAAAACUAGUAGUAUGUCACAUGAAGUGAUGGAGCAGCUCAUCAGUUAUUUAAUUCAGGAAAAAAACAGAGUGAAAACGAGAGGUUUUAUCCACGUGCUGAGUGAGCUGGAAGAAGUGGAUCCCAAAUUACGCAAAUGGCUGAAACAUCUUAACAACUUGGGUCUGACAGCUACAAAGAACUUUCUCCUUCAAUAUGGGCAAUUAUUAAAAGAGUUUGACCUUUCUAUUUUAACCACACUCUGGAAUGAGAAGUAUGGUAGUAAAUUUGACUAUGUGACAACUAGUUCUGAAGACAAAGAAAUUCGUGAUUAUUUCUUAAAACCACCCCUAGAGAAAACCCGCUGUUUUAUAUGGCUGUUAGAAGACAACAGAGAAAAUUUUCCAUUUCUUCAUCAAGCUUUAGAUGAAUUCUUUGAUAAAAUGGAUGACCCUACCAUUAUAUUAAAGAAGCAGGGAAAUGAAAAUACAUUGACUAAUGGUAUCAAAGUUAAAAAUAAAAACAGGAAGAAGAACUCAAAAGACUUAAGGUCUAUUUUAGUAUUAUCCAGUGGAGUUAGCACAGCACCACGAGAAGAAGAUAAGAUAUUUAUAGAAGAAAAUACUUUCUUAGAAUUUGCGUAUUCUAAUGAACCAUUUGUAAUCCCAGAAUAUCUUCGGGGGCAACUAGAGGAAUUUGAAGCUCUCUAUGACGUUUCAAAUAGUAACAAUUAUCAAAGAUGCCUGUAUAAUAAUGAUCAAACUUGUGAAAGUUUAUAUGAAUAUUUCUCUCAAAUCUUGGAAGAACAUGGCCCUAUGGAAAUUGAUAAUAAAUUACUAGUUGGGGAAUAUGAACAUUUCCCCGAGGAAGCUCAAAAGAUUGUAGAAGAUGAAGGUGGUCUGAAAUCUUUUCUUCUGAAAUCCCUUAAUUUCAUUAUGGUGGAUAAUCUUAUUGGCUUAAGAAAGCAUGCAGUUUUUCUUAAAGAAAAUACAAACAGAAAUGAGACUGGAGAUGAAAAUGAUGUAGUCUGUGAUAUACAAGAAGGUCCUUUCCAGAAGAAUCUACAGUUAAAUCCAGCCGCUAAGGAAUUCAAACCUCUGUCUUAUUGUAAGAAGCCCCAUAUAUCAACAUCUACUGACUUAACAGUAGCAAGUUAUGAGACUCAACAAUAUUUGCCCUGGUCUUUUCCUACUUCAUGUGAAUCGGUGCGUUCUUUGCAUAGUCAGAAUAUUGCUACCAUAGAAAAUGAGGCAUCAUUUUCAGAUAUUUUACUUAAAUGCUUUGAUUCUAAAAAUCCUCAUAUAUUUUUGCCUCGGCCUUCCUGGGGUUAUGGAUAUGGAAGAAUAUUGCCAGUGCCUUCUCAAAUGCCUCUAAUGUCAAAUGUUGCCAAGCAACCUAGUUACGUUUAUGCUGAUUAUGUAGCUCAUCAGGAUAAUGACAAAUCAGCAAUUUCAAACAGAAAACACAGCAGUUUUAUACCAGCUGAAAUACAAACAUAUGAAGACCCUCAGUGCCAACUGGAGAACUCGGGGAACACAUUUUAUCAAGACAAUUUUGCUGUUGCAAAUAGUACAAAUGAAGCUGACUGUGGUAUAAAGGUUAUUAAGAUGGAAAAAGAAAGCAGAGGUAUACCUCUAAUGAAGAACAAUCCUUAUACGAGGAUGAUAGCUGUUCAGGUACAUUGUGAAGUAGCUGAUAGGGAAACUAAUACCUUGCCUUUUCAUCCAUUUGAAAUGCAACAAGGAGAUAUGCUACGUAUGGAAAAAGAGCAUCAGGUGUUAAAAGAACAACUUAAAGAAGCACAGGAAAAAUAUGAACAGUUACAAAGCCGAAGCUCGGAGGAAAUCGGUGCUUUAAAAGAGCUCCUAAAAAAAAGUGUUGAGGAGACUGAGGUAUCAAAGAAUGAACUGGAUUGGUUUCAUCAAGACUUAGAAAUACAAGUGAAAAAAUGGCAACAGGAGAAAAAAGAAAAUCAAGAGAACUUAAAAGCACUCAGGAACACAGCUAAAAAGCAUACAGAUACUAAUGAGAGGUAUUUGAAGACUAUUGAUGAGAAGGAAAAGCAGUAUAAUGUAUCUCUAAAUACAUAUCUCGAGAUCAGUAAUAAACUUGCUAAUGAGAAAGUAAAAUCAGAAGAGCUUAUAAAAAAGAGUCAACAUGACUGCCAAGAGUGUGUGAAAAGAGCUGUUAAAGCAGAGAUAUCAGUACUCAAAAACUGGAAGGAAACUGAAGUAUGCAAGCUAAAUGGCCAAGCUGCCAAUGCAGAAGCAAAUCUCAAGGUGUUGAAGUCAUUGAGCAG